CGCGGUGUGCUGAUGCCAGGUUGGACGCAUCCACUUGAAUCUUUAUAACUCCUCCCCUUUCUCGCUCUCUCUCCGCUCUCUCGUCUUUAGUAGUCGGCACUCGGCACAUCACAGGUCAGGCACAGUAAAAGCAAAGCCCCACUCUUCUGAUUUUUUUAUUCUAUUUCAAAAUUCAGCAGGUGAUCUGAUCUAAUCGGGCAACAAUGUCAUCAUCGGAGGACGAGGGAGGUGAAGAGUACCUCUUCAAGAUCGUCAUAAUCGGAGACUCUGCCGUCGGCAAGUCCAACCUUCUGUCCCGCUACGCUCGCAACGAGUUCAACCUCCAUUCUAAGGCCACCAUCGGCGUUGAAUUCCAAACUCAAAGCCUCCAGAUCGACAACAAGGAAGUCAAGGCCCAGAUUUGGGACACCGCCGGCCAGGAGCGCUUCCGUGCCGUCACCUCCGCCUACUAUCGUGGCGCAGUGGGCGCUCUCAUUGUCUACGACAUAUCCCGCCGAACCACCUUCGAUAGCGUCGGUCGCUGGCUGGAUGAGCUUAAAACUCACUGUGACACAACGGUAGCAAUGAUGCUUGUAGGCAACAAAUGUGAUCUGGACAACAUCCGGGCAGUAAGCAUUGAAGAAGGAAAAAGUCUUGCAGAAGCAGAAGGUUUGUUUUUCAUGGAAACCUCUGCGUUGGACUCUACAAACGUUAAGACGGCUUUCCGGGUGAGUCUUGUCAAUAAUGGGGAUGCUACCUCAAAGCAAAACCAAAGCUAUUUUUCUUGCUGUUCAAGGUGACUUCUUUUUCAUAUUCAGUUAGUGCAUGGGCCACCUUUUUAAUUCAGUUUGAUUUAAUUAAAUGGGUUUGCUUGUUAUUCGAGGGAUAUGAUUUGAGAGAGUUCUUUAAUUACAGCUAUAAGUCAUAAUAUAGUUAAAAAAACUGUUAUCUUCAAUUUAAGAAAACCAGUAUAAUUGUAUAAUUGGAUACAAUGAGCACGUAAUUGCAACAAAUGAAAUAGACUUCCAUUUAUA